GUGGCCACAGUGUAAGGCUGUGGUGCUAGUGUCAGUGUGCAAAUGCACAUGUGUGAAUGGUACCGUGUCCGCUCUGUAAUGCACCUUGAGCUGUCAAGGAAGGUAGAAAACUGUAAUAUAAGUACACACAUUUCACUUCCUGACUUUACAAAUUGAUUUUUAAAAAUUUUACGCAGCCUUUACUUGAGUACAUUUUUUGACUAAUUACCCACCAUUUGUCACUUCUGUAAAAACACAAGUUCUUUGGUUAUCGAAUUUAUUUGUGUCAGACAAACACUUUGUUAAGAUUUCUUUGCUGAAAUGGUCUGAAGAUGUCAGAUGACCUACUUAACAUGCCAGCAUCUUGACUGCUGUUUCACAACAUUCACUUUUUUUUUUUUUAGAUAAUAACGGAUAGUUAAAUAUCUCAACCAUAAAAAUGCUGGUCUUCUUUAAUAAAAGACAUUUUUUUUACAGAAUAUUCCUGCUGAGCUUCAUGACUGGUGUUUCCAUGCCGUGACUUGGCUUCCACAGGUCAAGCUCUUCAUAUUACAUUUUUAAUAAUAAAUGAAGCUCCGUUGGUGACAUGAUACAGCCGUUCAACUCCACAGAUAACCGAACUUCAUUCCAACUACAAAGGAUCCUCCAUUUCUCUUUGGCUUUCAAAAUGCCGUUCAGGACCGACUUUCAUGCAGACCUGCAGACAGCUGGGAAGUCCUCCAUACAUGACAGCCUGUGCAAAUCGUUCUCCAUGAGCAGCACAAGCGUUACCAGAGGUGGUCGAUUCGGAAACAGAAAAACAGAGGAGACUAAAGCUCUGCCCAGAGCCUCCAGACGACCUGUGCGGAUAGUCCGGCCCGUGAGCGCCGUCAGCUCUGCCGCCUCCUUCCCACAGAUGAAUGACCUGCAAGGAGAGCUGGUCAGAAAGAGGAAGGAAUGUGAGGAUCUGAAGAAGGAAAACAAGUUCUUAUUGAAUGAGAUCCACAUGGAGCGGAUUAUGAUGCGCACAGAGAGCGAGCUGACCAUGAGGAGCCUCAGGAGCCUGAACCAGGAUCAGCAGGCCCAAGUCAAAGAGGUCCUCACUGUUUUCAGCAGCAAAUCACUCAAGAUUGGACUGAAUGACUGACACCAUCCAUCCAUGACAACACCAGCGCACCCACACACUCAUACGAUUCCCCCAUGAAGGCUUAUACGAUGGCACCUUAUAUUUCUCACACCGUUUCUUUUAGAAAGCCAUUAUUCCUUCUACAUGAUGUGGACACUGAUCACUUGGCUUCUUGUUUCUAUUGUAGCUGAGACUGAGAACCUCUUUCUCAAAGAUGGUUAAAGGGACAGCAAGUCAUGACAUCUGUUCAACUGGUGUUUAAUCAUCCAAGUUAGACGUCACAGAAGAAGCUUUUAAGAGCCACUCUGAAAAAAACAAACAUUUUUAACAUGUUCUUGUGCCAUUUCGUUUUGAUGACCGCUAGGAACCAUCUGAAAAAAGAUCAAACGAUGAUGGGAAUGGGACUUCACGGGAACAAAAUAGUCACUGAUUUGGCUCUUGCUGUCCAGGAUGGCAUUACAUCAUGUAUAAAAAGAAGCAUCUAGUGUUUCUGACUGAUUCUCCCCAUUUGUGCAUCAGCUGAAGCAGAAGCUUUAUCACAGCCAGCAGAGGGCGACCCUGUGCUCUCGAGCUGCAGACGAGGCAGAGGAGUCCAAAAGGGAGGCAGAGCAGAGCCGAGCCCUGGCUGAGGCCCGGGCCCUCGGCUGUCAGCGGGACAAGGAGACAGCUGAGGCAGACAGGAGACGCCUCAGUGAUGAGAUGCAGCUUCUCAGAAAGGAGCAUACCAACCUGCAGCUUUUAUUGGUCCAAACCGAGAAAAACUACUUUGAGAGCAUGCUGAAGCUGGAACGAGCAUCAGGGGAGAAAGAGGCGCUGAUGCAGGAGAACCAAAGUCUUUCAGAGGACAGGGACGAGCUGCGGCUGAAGCUGAGGCAAACCACACAGGAGAAGGCAGAAAUCCAAGACAGUGAGAUGGGUCUGAGGCAUAAAGCCAUGGCACUGGAGCAGGAGAGCAAAAGAGCCAGCCAGGCGCAGCGGGAGGCCGAGGCUGAGAGGCGUCUGGUGGAGAAGGAGCGGCAGGAGAGGGCGGCCGAGUCCCGGAGCUGGAGGGAGAAGCACCAGGAGCUGGCCGAUGUCCUCAGAGCUCAGGAGGACCUCAAAGCUCAGCGACAGAACAAAGCAUGUCAAGCCAACAUCAAGAGCUAUUUUCUCUGCAUGACAGAGAAUGAUCAGCGCAUCAGAAUCCUCAAAAACCCGGAUGGCGCACCGAGGAAUUUUACAGAAGGAGAUCCUGUCUUCAUUUCCACAACUGAGUCCAGUCCUCAAGAAUCUGAGGGUAGUUCAUCCAGGACCGUACUCAGGAUUUCAGCCCCACACCCUGGCAGGGAGCUGGGACCGAGCCACUUUGACGACCUGCCAGCGGUUGAAGGAGAGCGACCCAACUCUGCUCCAUCCCGAAGAGGCAGGAAGCUGGUGGAAUACUUUUGGAUCCCAACAGACCAGGAGUGACGAUGCUCCUCUGGUGGCCUACAGCCAGUAGAUUCAAUUAAAAAAACUGUAAGAACAAAGAAACGCAGCUGAUGCUCAUGUGUUGGACUUUAUUGACAUUUAAGCAAGAGGUGAACAGAAAUCAGGAAAAUCCACUGUCUUAUCCAAACACACAGGUUUAGGGUCAAAUGUUUAUUCAAUUCAGGAUCAGUUACAGGCUUUUUGAUGUACACUUCAUCUCAUGAUCAAUCAUCUUAUUUUCUGAAGCCAGGACAAUAAUUGGUCCAAAUUUAGAACAACAGCAAUUUCAUUGGUGCAUUUCUGCAAGAAUCUGCUGGAUGUUGUCCUACUUGCAAACAACCAGAAGCCUCCCUAAAAACGUCUUGCUUUCAUGCUGGAAAAGGGAAAAAACAACAACACAACUUGACCAUGGCGGUUGAAUAGCCUUCAAUUCUCUGUUCCUCACAGCAGGAAGCCUAAACAGCCCGUGUCAGAGGUAGAAACACGGCGUCUGUGAAGCACAUCCACCACACGUCUUCUAAAUAUUGUAACAACGAAGGAUUAUUGCAACGACUCGUAAUGAGGAGGAGAUGACCAAGAUGCUCAGCGUGACCAGAAAGAAAACUGUGGUUCAACACAUUUGUUGUGAAGGUUUCACAGGUUAAUGCUUCAUUUUCGGCCUUUUCCUUACAUGUUCUGACCUGCCAGCAGCUGGAGGCAGGACCUUCUUCAAGUUUGGGGGGAGAAAACGCUCAAAAGCGUGAAGCACGUGUUCUCGUUGGCGCCUACAUGCUGGGACUACUUUGAAUGAGGAUCCUCUCCGAAAUGAGUCGGUCCUCUACCGGGGAGGGGAGGGGGCACACCCGCCCCAACCCGCUGAAGGGGGGGAAGCACAUGCAUCAA